CCCGUAUUUUGUUCUCGGUUUGCAUAUUUGAGACCUCUGGACUCCUCCAUCCGCUCCCCCACAACUGAAGUCUUCCCGUCUCUAAAUGGAAUUAGUGGAGCUCGGAGCCUCUGGUGUAACGCACAGACAUGAUCCAUGGACGCAGUCUGUUUCACAUUGUAGCAAGUUUAAUCAUCCUCCAUUUCUCUGGGGCAACCAAGAAAGGAACAGAGAAGCAAACCCCAUCAGAAACACAGAAAUCGGUGCAGUGUGGAACCUGGACGAAACAUGCAGAUGGAGGUAUCUUUACUUCCCCCAACUAUCCUAGCAAGUACCCCCCUGACCGAGAGUGCAUCUACAUCAUAGAAGCUGCUCCAAGACAGUGCAUUGAACUUUACUUUGAUGAAAAAUACUCUAUUGAACCAUCUUGGGAGUGCAAAUUUGAUCACAUUGAAGUUAGAGAUGGACCUUUUGGCUUUUCUCCAAUAAUUGGUCGUUUUUGUGGACAACAAAACCCACCCGUGAUAAAAUCCAGUGGACGAUUUCUGUGGAUUAAAUUUUUUGCUGAUGGUGAAUUAGAGUCCAUGGGAUUUUCAGCUCGUUACAACUUCACACCUGAUCCUGACUUUAAGGACCUGGGCGUUUUGAAACCAUUACCAGCGUGUGAGUUUGAAAUGGGUGGCCCAGAAGGAAUUGUAGAGUCCAUACAAAUUCUGAAGGAAGGCAAAGCUUCUGCCAGCGAGGCUGUGGACUGCAAGUGGUACAUCCGAGCCCCUCCACGAUCCAAGAUAUACUUACGCUUCUUGGACUAUGAGAUGCAGAAUUCAAAUGAAUGCAAAAGGAAUUUUGUGGCUGUGUAUGAUGGAAGCAGUUCUGUUGAGGAUUUGAAAGCCAAGUUCUGUAGCACGGUGGCUAACGACGUGAUGCUCCGCACAGGUCUCGGGGUGAUCCGCAUGUGGGCCGACGAAGGCAGUCGGAACAGCAGAUUUCAGAUGCUCUUCACGUCCUUUCAAGAACCUCCUUGUGAAGGCAACACGUUCUUCUGCCACAGUAACAUGUGUAUCAAUAACACCUUGGUCUGCAAUGGACUCCAGAACUGUGUAUAUCCUUGGGAUGAAAAUCAUUGUAAAGAAAAGAGGAAAGCCAGCCUGCUGGACCAGCUGACCAACACCAGUGGGACUGUAAUUGGCGUGACUUCCUGCAUUGUGAUCAUCCUUAUUAUCGUUUCUGUCAUUGUACAGAUCAAACAGCCUCGUAAAAAAUACGUCCAAAGGAAAUCAGACUUUGACCAGACCGUUUUCCAGGAGGUGUUUGAGCCUCCUCACUAUGAGUUAUGUACUCUCAGAGGGACAGGAGCAACAGCUGACUUUGCAGAUGUGGCAGAUGACUUUGAGAAUUUCCAUAAACUGCGGAGGUCAUCUUCCAAAUGCAUUCAUGACCAUCACUGUGGAUCCCAACUGUCCAGUACUAAAGGCAGCCGCAGUAACCUCAGCACAAGAGAUGCUUCUAUCUUGACAGAAAUGCCUGCACAGCCCACCAAGCCCCUCAUCCCGCCCAUGAACAGGAGGAACAUUCUCGUCAUGAAACACAACUACUCACAAGAUGCUGCAGAUGCUUGUGACAUUGAUGAAAUCGAGGAGGUGCCGACCACAAGUCACAGGCUGUCCAGACACGACAAAGCCGUCCAGCGGUUCUGCCUCAUUGGGUCUCUAAGCAAACAUGAAUCUGAAUACAACACAACUAGGGUCUAAAAAGAAAAUUGAAGAGAAGAACUAUUUAUACAAACAUGGGGACUGUGAAAAGAAAAUUCUAUAGUGAAUUAUGAAAAGUGGACAUAUUUCUAAAUCCAUUCCACUGCCUUUAUCCAAACUUAAGAAUUACAGACAUUUGUUACUCCUUCGGCAAGACAUCCCCGCUGCACAAUGAUAUGUUCAUUUCGUAAUUUGGUUGCUGGCCACCAAGUGCUCCUUAGUUUUUAAAUACAUUUUGAGAUUUACUGGAAACUUGAAGAAGAAAUUAGUUCCUGAUUAAGACUACCCCAACCUUACUUUUAUUGUCAGUUUCACUUUUGUUUUAUGUUGUUUAUGUCUUUGUUAUAUAAUUGUACAUUGUGUGAUGUGUGAAAAAACACAACUUUAGAUGAACCUUAUGUUACAUAUACAUUGUUUUCAUUAUAUAGACUGCUUGAGAAUAGUGCGUUCCUGAGUGAUUUUGAACAUGCUACAGUGAAAAGUGAAAAUGUGGACCAUGGAAACACCAGCUAGAGGUUUUAUGGACUAUACACACCUUUUAUUUUACUAUUAUUAAAUGCAGUAAAAAGUAAUGAGUCAAAUUACUAGACGGCAAUAAGAAAAAUAUCAUUUUUGUCUUCCCUGUAUACCCAUGACUUUCUUUUUACUCUGUAUCAAAGGAAGAUACCCAGUUUCAGAAGUCAUUUUGAAAUCAGGUAUUUUGCCAUUCAUACCCUCCAAUAGACAUGUUUUUGAUUAAGCACUUAGCAAUAUGACUGAACUGACAGUUUGAGAAAAUACCCUGCAUGUCAGCACUGGAUAUUUGGGUUGGAGAAAUAUCUUCUUUAUUAGACACAUUGUAAAAAGCAUGCAUCCUCAAAUACUGCUGUUACUCUUCUGUUUCUUUGUGUCAUAUGCUUGCUACUUGUAAUUUUUAUAUAAAGAUAUAUAAAAUGUAUAAUAAUUUCCUAACGAGUUCAGAGAAAAGUUUUCUUCUGUUAGAGUGAUAAAAAAAUUGAAUUACGUAAGUAUACACUCUAUUUAUAUCAAUUCUUCCCAAAUUUUAGAGUACAGAAUAUACUUUAGGAUUGAUAUUUAAUUCCCCAAAUCUUUGAUUUCUAAAAUUUUAUGGACUACAUUCUCCUUUUAGAAUAGGAAGGUCUUUUUAAAGUGCUUUAAAAUCAUAGAACCUUUUAUGGUAUAAGUUAUACAAUUCUGAGUUAUUCUUAUACUCAGGCACACAUAUACCAUCUGAAAGCUUAGUGAUUAUGAUGUGUUUCAUACCAAUAAAGCAAAACUCUAUAAUAUAUUUAAUUGCUGUUGAAUUGUAUACACAUUUUAUAAAGUUUGAUUCAGUGAGUGGGUACUUUUUAAAAUAUUGAAAGUGUAUUCUUAGAAAAUGAAUUUUAAGAACCAGUAUUACUGUAAAUCUACUUACCAACAUUUUCAAAACUAUUGAGCUCUACAAGUUUAAAAGAAUUCUGAUCUACAAAUGCCAAGUAAUUUUUGUAUUUUGGUUUGAGACAGUCUCUUCCUAUGUAGUUUAGGCUGACCUUGAACUCACUAUGUAGCUCAGGCUGGCCUCAAAUUCAUGGGUAUACUCCUGCCUCAGCAUCCCAAAUGCUGUGAUUACAGGCAUGCUUCCCCAAGCCUGGGCCCAAAAAAGCAAGUAAUUUGAUCUACUGCAAUUCAGACCUUACAGAUCCAGUGACUUUACAAACCACAUGGAUAAAUCACUGUCAUUUCUCCCUGUCAGGAAGUUAAUUUCAGAUGUUAAAAAUAAAACCAAGUAAAUGGGAAAUAAAAUAAUUUUGUAAUACAAAAAUCAAAGAAUUGUAGCAAUUUUGAAUACUCUAUAUUGAAGACAUAUCAGUUUACAAAAACAAUCACACUAAUUUGAUCAACUGGUGAAUAGUAAAAAAUGUAACAAGCUUGAUAAAUAAAGAUUAUUUUCAUUAUUCAUAUUUUAUACACAUUACUUGUGAUAAAACUUAUUGUUUUUAUUUGGUUUGACUGAUUUAUUUAUUGUCAUCCUUGCUUUUAUGCCCUUUAUUCAAAGAUGAUGCACCAAAGAUUUUUUUUGUGUGUUCAUAGGCUCUCUUCACUUUGAAUGAGUAAUCUCAAAAAUAUGAUAUAUAUGAUAAGGCUUUUUAUUUAUGACACCAAUGAAGACAGGAAAAUAAAUGAGGUGAACAAUUUACCAUUUACCUUUCCUGCUGCUGUUCACACACAGGAUGUCCAUCACCUCCAGUUGCUCCUCAUUAAACAGAAUACUAAUGAUGUGUCUAUUCUCUGUUUAAAGGAUGUUUACACCCAAAAGCUACUAAUGGGUAGUUAAUUUUGUAAACAACAAACUGAAAAGUACACUGGUGAGAAUGGAUAUCUUAUAUAUUUAAUACCCAUUAACAACAUGGGGAAAUAUAUUUUGAAUGAAGAAUAGGCCUCCUCAGUGGUCAUGCUAGAAUUAUUUAAGGAUAGAGAAAGACACUGAGCCAUCAGAACAGAAGAUGUUGAUGCUCCUGGAACAGAACCCUGAGGUACCCUGCUGUGCUCUGGCAACAACUCUUGGUGCUCACCCUUGCAGGGUAGAGUUCCCACAGGGUUGGAGACAUUUUGAAAAGCCCUGGAGCCGAUUGAUUUAAAAGCCACUACUGAAGUUCAUCAGUAUGUUAGAAACUCCUAUUUAUUGGCUACAUAGACUGUAUUUCCUGAAUAUGAACCUUUGGCCUGCAUUCACAAAUGGGUGACACCUCUAGAUGAAAGGAAAUAUUUCAAGAUUUGUAAAUCAAAUUAUUUUAAUAGAUAAUUAUUUUUUCAUAAAAUAAAUUCAAAUAUACUAAUACAAGUGCUUUAUUAAGUCAAUACAAUGGUGUUUUCAAAUAAUGUAUUAAGUUAGCCUGCUAUGUUAGUUUGGGAAAGCUAUUCAUUUUAUUUUUCUGUGUUUGAAAUUAUUUUUCAAAAUUUUGGUGACAUAUCAUAAUUACAUGCAACAUGAUGGAGCCCCAGAUUAGGUUUCACCUCUGUCCGAGUGCAUUUUGGUUACCUAAAUCAAAAUUUGUGUGUUGAUUUGGAAAUCUGAUGAUUGGUAGAUGUUUUUACACAUGCCAGCUUGUGUGUCAUAUUGUAAAAUGGACAUGUUCUACACAUGUUUUGCCAUGAUUUUCUUUUAUUUAACUAUAUAAUUAAGAUGUGGCUGUGAACAUAACUAGAUGUCUGUAUCUUUAGGCCUUUGAAGAGGAACAGCCUGUUCUGUAGAGACACUGGUUAUUUUAUAGAACUUUAUUUUUUCCUACUUAAAAAUACCCCAUGUGUCUGAAUGACUGUAAAAUGAUGUUUCUCAGUGUUUAAAAUUUUUGAUUUUUGUUAUUAUUUGAAUAUUCAUUCAAGCUAUUCCAUCAGCUUCAGGUUUUCUUCACACAUGAAUGUGACUUCCAUGCCCUCAGAAUAUAAUAAAUUGCAAAAUACAAUGUCAGUUCCCAUUACCUUUAAUAAACUAAUAGUAUACAAUCUUUCAGUUUUGGUAGUGAAAUAAAUUACAGCAUUGUGUCAUGAAGUUUGUAUAUUUCAGUGAAGAAAAUGAAUAUAGUAUCCCAACUCUGGAGGGAAGUUACAUACACCAAACCAUUAAAAUUCUCUGAAUCUUAAAAGAAUAUGGUUUGAAAAUGAGUUUCUGUUUUCCUUCUGCUCUGAAAUGUUACUUUAUGUGCAUGAUUUUUUUCCCAUUGGUUGGAAUUUUACAAUAUAGUAUGAAGGACCUAGCUAAGAAAUUCUUAAAUAGUUAAAAAGUAAAAUAAAGUAAAUGAGACUUCUGUUAAUAACUGAUCUCUUAUUUAACUCAUUUCCUUAUGUCCCUUUAAUAAUGUAAUAAAUGAGCAAAAUAUAUAUUGUUAAAUAGCCAGAGAUAUGUUUUUCAGUAAAUCUAAGGUCCUUGUUAAUUUAGGAUUCUCCUGAUUCACAUCAUUAACAAAUUUGUGUGAAUUGUGCUACAAAUUUUAUUAGCUUAAUUAUAUUAUUAAAAUAAAUAGGGAAAUAUAAGUAACAAUGUAAAUGAAUGUUGUCAGACACAACUCGUUAUUUUUCUUUUAGCUUUUGAGUCUAUACUUUAUUAGAAGUUACUAAAGAAGUAAAUGUCCUCUUACACCAUCUGUAAUUUCUUAAAAGAAGGAGAAAUAUACCAUAUCUGCUUGGGUCAUCUACUUGGGUGCAUUCUAGAAGGUCCUUAUAACUGAGCCAGUAUGACCAGAUAGUUAAUUUACUCCCUUACAGCUGUAGUAGUUUUGCAGUCUCAGCAUGUUGCUCUUCCUAGGAUCAACCAUCUCUCUAGCACUGAGGUAUGCCAUUUUUUGAGGUUUGUUCUUUGCAUUUUUUAAACAGAAUCUUGCCCUGUUCCAGGCUGGUGUCAUUGUAUGUCAUACGCUGGCCUCUCAUUUGUGAUCAAAUUUCUUUGGCCUCCCAGAAUGCUGGGAUUAUUCAUAUCAGUGACCACUACUGGCUUGGGCUCUCUCUUAGUUACAAAUACUGACAAAAAACUAAAAAGUGACCAGAAAACAGUGUAUAAAUUAUUCUAAAUAAAGCAUUGCUUUUAUAACACAUUUUAAAAUUUGCAUGCUAUUGAUUUUCCUAUGAGUUAAAUUUGGUAUUUUUGAACUUGUACAAUCUAGAUACCAAACUGUUUCUUAAGAUCUUUGGAAAUGAAAAUGGAGAAAGUGAUCAAAUAGGGAACACACUUUUGGAGACUGAUAGAAGGAUACAUGCUCAUGGAGACCUAGGGGGAAAAUGAAGCUCCAGGGUUUCUAUGUUGUCCAUCUCGAGACACUGGUUACACACCCCAGCACCCUUCCCUCAUGACACCUUCUGGAAGAUAGGACACAUUCAACAAUCCAGAGAACAGUGUGCAGGUGAGACUUGCUAUCAAGAAAUUAGUAGCAGGAUUAUGGGAUACCACCUUUGCAGGAAGAUCAAAACAAACUGCUUGAAGAGUUAUCUUCAAAGCAAGUUUUGAAGGAAGGGAAACGUUACCAGACUACAGUGCAGCUAGACUAAUGAGAGCAGAGGUGAUCUUGGAAGAUCAUUUAUUUGAGUUGACAGGAACACAGGCGGAGACAGGAGGGGUCACUGUAAAUAUAGUUGGAAUAGAAAGUAGACAUUGAUGUCAUUAUUUCUGACUACAUAAAAUGUUUAUCCACAGGAGUUUGCUUUUAUUUAAUACCUCAACAAAAUAGAGCUCAAAGAGCAUCUAUGGACAGUAUGUUUGCUAAAUCGAAUGAAGAUUGAAAUAAAGUAGCACAAAUUAAGAUAAUAAGAAACCAACCCGUUAAAAAAGUAACAAAUUGAUUGUUAGAGAUGCAGGAGUAUUUUCUUCCUUUGCUAUUUAUUUUAUACUUUAUUUUUUAUUUCAAGGUUGUGGUUGACCGACUAGCAAAUAUUUAGAGCAUCACAUGCUGAACAUUAUCCUGAGCAUUUUAUCUGUAAUUUUUUCUUUGAUCAUCUUAGCAAUUCUAUGAAAAGCAAUUAUAAUUGUUGUGUUUGUUAUUGUUAUUAUUCAUUGCAUGAAUGAGAAAAGUGAAGAGAGUUUUAGUAACUUCUCUUAAGAUUGUACAAGAGGGGUGACUUCAGCUUUGAACCAAGCCAAGUCAACCAGUAUUCUUCACCAAUGCACAACCAGUGAAUAUUUGAUCUACUGCAUUUCUCUGAAAAAGUUCAUAGAAGUUUAUAUUAAUCUAUGUUAAAACCACCGUUUUGUGUUUCCUCAUCUGUAAAAUAUGUAUCAAAGCACCUUUCCACUUUAGAGCGUGUGAUGAUGCAUUGAAGAUAUUUUUAUACCCUAUAUUGCAUUAUAAAAAUAAAUCAUUUUUUCCUAAA